AUGUUAAAGAAAAAACCUCUACCAUGGGGAACGCAACAAACUGAAGCAGUGAAAGCCUUAAAGAAAAUCGCACGAACUCCUCCUGCUCUAAAAAUCCCAGGGAACGGAAAAAGAAUUCUACAGACCGAUGUCAGUGAUCAUUAUUGGGGAGCAGUCCUGAUAGAAGAAAUUGAAGGAAAAAGAUACUAUUGUGGCCAUGCCAGUGGCCAAUUCAAAGAAGCUGAAAAACACUACCACACCACCUACAAAGAAGCCCUCGCUGUAAAGAUGGGGAUCCAAAAGUUUGACUUCCACCUAAGAGGCUACCAGUUUGAAGUCCAGAUGGAUAACUCCUCUUUCCCUAAGAUCCUCGAAUUCAAAAAUAAGAUGCCUCCUGAUCCUCAAACUCUUAGGCUCAAAGAUUGGUUUUCUAGAUAUGAUUUCUCGGUGAAACAUAUCAAGGGAGCUCAAAAUGUAAUCCCAGACCUACUAUCCAGACCCAUGAAACCCAUCCAGAUCAUCACAGCCAAGCACACUUUCCCUCUAAUUCUUAUGGUCAAACCAUUACCACCCCAUGCAUCCAAAACAAAGAAUCUUCCUCCAGGAAUAACGACAUCCUCUUCAAUGUCCCAACUCAAACAGUAUGCCAGGAACAAUCUUUUCUAUUACACGACAAAAAUCAUAAGGAACAAAUUACCGGAUCAUAGUCCUUAUUUCCCAGAUACACCUUUUCUCCUGCCAAUUUUAAUAAACCCAUAUGCUAAAUUCACAAAAAACCAUUUAUGGUAUAUUUGGUGUGCCACUUGUUUGUACUACAUGCCUGUUCUUAUUCCCACUGAGGCCAUGUAUCAACAUAUAACGGAUCCCGAAAAGCACAAGUCUUUGAUUUGGACCACUCUUAAAUGGUAUUCUCCAUUACAAUGGUGGAGAGAUCAAUUAAAACUAGUCAUCGACGAGGUCAACGAGCGAAAAUUAUCUUCAGAAGAUAUUACUAAACUCAAGUCUGUUUUCUUUCUACACAUGCCCUAUGUGAUAGAUCCUGCAACUAAAUUGCUCAAUUGUAAGAGUUAUGUUCAUCUAUGGGAAACCCUUGAUGAAUAUCCUCCCAGUCUAAAAAUCACAAGGGAAUUACUUGAGUAUGUUAACUACAUUAAUCUCUAUGAUCCAAAGAAAAUCGAUGAUAGUUCAACUUGCAUACAUCAUGAAAAAUUCAAAAGACCAGAAGUUGGAGAAAGCUCGGCUCAAGCCACACAACAGAAACCAGAUUCUCCAAUGGAAGCUGAAUUCUCUGAAGCACAGGUGGAAGAAGCUAACAUGAGGUUGGCGGAUCACACCUACAUGAUGGAGGACAUCUGGCAGCAUGAGUCAUCUCGCUAUGGAGAUUGCUUUUCUGACGAAAAUUUAUCUGAUCAGAAUAUGUCCCCCUCUCAUGAACCAAUUUGCAAAGACUAA